AUGGGCCUUUCAUUGACAUUCUUGCAGCCAACCUUCAACGCGAGCAUCCCCAAUGGCGGCAAUCCGGAGGAGAUGGACGUCAACGCGCCCUACGUUGGCCUCGAGUGGGAAUAUGUCUACCAGGUUCUCAUGGGCUGUCUCGUCUUCCUCAUUGUCCCCGGUAUCGGUCUGCUGUACGGUGGCAUGUCGCGCCGAAAGUCGGCUCUUGCCAUGAUCUUCCAGUCCUUGACCGUCAUGGCUGUCGCCACCUUCCAAUGGGCCUUCUGGGGCUUCUCUCUCGCGUUCUCUCGAAAUGGCGGGCCCUUCAUCGGCGAUCUAACCAACUUCGGUCUGAAGGAUGUGAUGGCUGCGCCUUCUUGGGGAUCUGCCGUCAUCCCUGAUAUCGUCUUCUGCUUCUACGAGCUGAUGUUCUGCGCCUGCGCCACCAUGAUCGUGGUCGGCGGCGCUUUCGAACGCGGCCGCAUCCUUCCAUCCAUUAUCUUUGGCUUCUGCUGGGCGACAAUAUGCUAUUGCCCCAUUGCCUACUGGACCUGGAACGCAAAUGGCUGGCUCUUCACCUUGCCCGCUCUCGACUUUGCCGGCGGCGGCCCUGUCCACAUCUCCAGCGGAACAGCGGGUCUGGCCUACGCGCUGGUACUGGGUAAGCGAAGCCGCUAUGGCGAAAAGCACAUCUACAAACCGCACAACGUGACCGUUGUCUUUCUCGGAACCACCCUUAUCUGGUUCGGCUGGUUCGGCUUCAACGGGGGGAGCGCUCUGAAUGGAAGUAUCAGGGCUAUGAUGGCUGUGUGGAACACCAACAUGGCCGCCUCCACCGGUGUCGCGGGAGCGGUUAUGAUGGGUUACAUCAGACAUCGCAAGUUCAGUGUUAUCGGCGCCUGUGAGGGUGUCAUCGCCGGUCUGGUCGGAAUCACACCCGCCGCCGGCUACGUGUCGGUGUGGUGCGGAGCUGCUAUUGGCUUCAUCACCGCCAUCGUCAUCAGCCUGUUCGAGAACGUGAAUGAAUGGAUGGGCAUCGACGAUGGACUCGAAGUCUUCAAGCUCCACGGCAUUGGCGGUAUCUGCGGGGCGUUCUUGACCGGCAUCUUCGCCACUUCUUCAGUGUCAUCUCUCGAUGGCGCCACACUGGCCCCUGGCGGUAUCGACGGGGUGGGCAGCCAGAUCGCGCGGCAGCUGGCCGAAAUCGCCGCAAUUGCCGCCUGGUCUUUUACCCUCUCCGUGAUUAUGCUCCUGAUCCUCAAGUACAUUCCGGGCCUGCACCUGCGCGUCGCCGACGAGGCCGAAAUCAUCGGGCUGGAUAUCGAUCAGUUCUCUGACGAGGUUGUCGGCGAGUGGUCACUGUUCAAUGACGAUAACACCGGUCAUCAGGUUGCCUUCACCCAUGGCGUGCCUGUCGCGGCUCCUCCACCAGCAACGUCGAGCCCGACCUCGGAAUCUGCCACGGAGGAGAAAACCGAGCCUAAGACGACGCCAAAUUAG